ACCAUGUACGUUAGAAUUUUAGGUUUGAGGUUAUAAUGUUGAACAGAACUAUACAAAUAUUACUUUGAAAUAAUAUCAAUGAGGUAAUCUUUAUAUUCUCUUGGAGUUUAUGAAGUUGAUAAAAGUGUGGUGGUCUCAUCAGUAAAAUAGUAUCGGCGCUAUAAAAAUCAGGUUAAUAUGAAGGACCUCACGCAUUAUUUCAACUCACCUUCGCCAUCUUUGAAGAAACCUGAGACAAGUCCAGCUGAAAAUAAAACUUUAGUGGAUGAGAAAACACCAAAAAUGAAUAAAAAGGUCAGAAAGAAGAGAUUAAAACUUGAUAAGUUGACUCCUCCUCAGACUGCAGACAGCAGACAGGAUCCUCCUAUUGCUGAAAAUGGGACUGAAGUUGCAAAAAGUGAAGUAGUAAAUGGUGAUUCCAGUGUUAUUGAGGUUGGCAGUGAUACAGGUUGUAAUACAGCAAGUGAAAGAAAGAAGAAAAAGCGGAAACUAUCUCCAAGCUGCGAAGAUGCGUCAAAGCGAACAAAACGGAAAGUAGCAAAAGGUAGAUUGAAAAUUAUCAAUGUUCCUUCAGAUUCUCCGGACUCGUCGAAUUCUCCAAAACCACAGUUGGAAGUCCCGAACGAUUCCGGGCUAGCCAAAGAUAUCUAGUGAAUUCUUUACUGGUUGACAAGUUGAGUAUGUUGGUUAGUGACCAUGAAGACGAUGGUGGCUAUGAGAUUGAGGAUGAUUCAGACCAAGACGAAGAUUACAGUUCGAAGAAGGUUAAGCGAAAGAGAAA